CAGGUUUAAUUUCAAUAAGAUGACUGGUGUUGGUUUUCUCAUAUGUGGUCUGAGUUUUGUUUUAUUUCCUUGUCAAGGUAUAGGUUGUGAUAUUCUCAUUUUCUGCAGAAUUAUAUUUUAACGCGUUUCUAUAUUUCACUCACUCAAUCGAUCACAUCCUGGAAAAGAAAUAAGUUGUGAAAACACUGAUUCACUCACACAUAAUUUUUUUCAUCAUUUUCAGCUGUUGAAGAAAUUGGGACCAAGUAUAUUUUUUUACCUGGAUCAACUGCGAAUAUAACGUGGUCAUUUACUAAUAAUAUAUCUACAGUCCUUUCUCGGGCUUGGUUUUUCACAAGUAGUGAUGGUUCAUUCAAUGCGAAACGACUUGCGAUAAUAACUAAUGACGAGGAGCCUCAAAUAGAUGAAAGUGGCUUAUCUGGGGUUACCGUAGUAAAGCCAGCAACCUUGAUAUUAAAAAAUGUUAAUCAAAGUUAUGAUGGGACAUACGAGUUUUUUCUUUUAGCAUUACGUAACAGUGGUACAUUUGAUGUUCGCGUCUUUAUUGCAAGUAAGUUUUGACUUUUGAUAAAGAAAAACCUCAAGUUUUUUCUAACAUUUUGGUACAUAACCUUU